AACUUGGUUCAAAAAUCACAAAAAAUGGUUCACUUUUCUUAUAUGUCUUUUGAUUAUAAGUUGGUUUUAUAUGAUAUGGUAUUAUAUGGAUGAAGGAAAUCAGAAUGUUGGAACAAGUUUCACAGGUCCUAACGUGAAUGAACCUAUCACGCCGUGUCGAAGCUUUUGCUUAUAUGCCUGCAAAAAUCCACCAGAAUUUAACAUUUCAUCGAAACCAGAUCUAGCGGGAUGUGUAUCGAAGAUAAAAGCUGUGAUACAACCUGCAACGGAUGUAGAACUUAUUGAUUUACUUGAAGAAACAAAUAAAGAAUAUGCUAUUGAACCUGUGAAGAUGGUGAAGAAAUUGUACAAGUCGUGUAGAAAUCAAGUAAAUGAAAAGAGGACAAUGCAACCUUAUUGGACAUAUAUAUUUAAUGAAUUCAAUAAAUUGCCGGUGUAUACAAAUCACACGACCAUGUUACGGAAUUAUCUGCGUAUCACUGGGCAUUUACCUUGGUUCAAGUAUACAAUUAAAUCUGAAUAUUAUGGUAAAGCCAUCAUUCUUGAAUUCAGUGCUUCUUACAAUGUACAAAAAAUACACUCAAUUACUGGAGACUUACUGGCCAUAAAGAACAUAUAUCCUUAUUUUGUUAAUUACGAAAGCAUUGGGAGAUUUUUUAAUCAGAUAUCGUUGCUGAAAAAACCCCAUCCCGGAACGUUCGGUGCUGAACGCUUUGUGUAUGAUUCCACUACAAUACGUAAAGUGCUUCCUGACUUAUUUCUGGAUCGAAUAUUUGAUGAUAUACUGAAGAAAAGUGAUAAAUCAGUGGAAAAGUUUACUUUCACGAUAUCUGACCAAAAAUGUUUCCGCGAUUUAAACGAUCUUAUUACUGGAACCAAUAUUCAGGAUUUCUUCAUCAUUGUUUUACUGGAGGUAUUUCAAGAUUUUUAUGCAAAAUUUCCGAUUUUACGAAAAGAAUUUAAAGCAGAAGAAACUAAUACAACCAGUACACAGGGAACGAUAUCACAGCAAAGACAAUAUUGUCUGAGUACCGUUCAAAUAUUGAGUGAAAUACUGAACUGGAUGCACAUUGAGAAAGGUUUCGAUGAACAGAUGAAAAAGAAGGUCAAGUCUAUAAUAGACUAUCUCAUAAAUGCUACGGAAUAUGUAUUAUCAGAAACUAGCUUCUUAGAUGAAGAGAGUAUGAAGCAAGCUCUUGAUAAACUGGAGACAUUGAAGCAAAAUUUCUACAUAGGAUCUGAACAUUCAAUUAUCAGGAAGGAGAGAAUACUUAAAGAUUACGCAAAUCUAAAUUUCACUGACAAUUUUGUCUCAGACAUCUUUAGCUUGAACAAAUUUUACUCAAACUUGCUGAACAUGAGGAUGCUUCACGAUGAAAAGAACAUCGUAUCCCAAACAGAUGGCCUGCCUGCUUAUACUAAAAGAUUUCAUUCAAUACAUGUUCCUCUCGCAUCCUUACAGCUUCCACUGUUUACAAAAGAUGAAUAUAUGGUAAGAAAUUUUGGUGGAUUGGGCUUCUUAAUUGGACGUGAAAUAUUUCGUGAGUUUGAGAUUGCUGGCAACAACUACUCUAAGGGUUUGUGGAUGAGUGAAUAUUCCUACAUAAGUUACCAAAACUUGACGAAUUAUAUCAUUAAUAAUUUCACUCGACGUCAAAAUGUAUCACAAAGUACAAGUGUUAAUGGAGCAAAAACGGCGAAUAACAUAAUUGCUGAUGUAUUUGGAUUGAAUGUAGCUUCUCAGGCUUUCUUGCUAUGGAAAAAAGAUUAUGCUAACGCUCUUGAAAACCUACCAUCACACAAAACGUGGAAUCUAAAAUUGUUUUACACUAUGCUUGCUCAAAUAUUUUGUUCAAGUGAAGAAACUAAUACCCAUAAUUAUGCAGACCACAGAACAUUUGCCCCAAAUACAGCAAGGGUUCAUAAACUAUUACAGAAUUCUGAAUUGUUUUCAAAGGCGUUUCAGUGUCCCCAAGGUGCCAGCAUGAACCCACAGCCUAAAGUCGAAUUAUGAAUGUGAUAUGAAGAAUAAUACUUUAUGACUUAUCUUUGAAUAAGAGAUUAUUUAACAAAACUGCUACACCAAAUAAUGAUAAAAACACCCGUCAACGUUACAGUGGGUAUCUAUUACAAAUGCGUCAACUAAAUAUUAAAAAUGUGGUUUAAAAGCCGAAUGCUUAAAGAAUCCUUAAGGACCAUGACAACUGCAUUACAUACAUAAUAUGCGUGUGAUUCCUGGGGAAAGAGAAACUUAUCCAGGCUGGGGGUGUGACAGAACGAGUGAGGAGUCACGCUUAAAUUUUUCAAUGAUGAAUUGUUACUUGUGCUUGCAAGGGAAGAAUGUUUGCUGCCAUAUAUUUUAGACAUUCACAGUUGAUGUAUUUAAUAUUUGGUUAACGAACAACUCGCAUUUGAUUCCCCGUCUCCUAGCUAUGAUGCUUAAUUUUUUAUGGGGGUUGUUCACAAUGAUUUCUUCAAAUGCCCAUACCAUACUGAAUUAACAUGUAUUCUCUGAACAAACCUAUAUGCUGUGAAGCUAUUUUCCGCCAUCUCAAUGUAAGUUUUGUUGAAGAUCCUUUGGUAUCUAUGUGACUGAGGGAAAUGAGUUUCAGCAAUUUUUUGCUAUGUUUACAGUUACAGUGGCUACCUAUUACAAAUAUUAUAUUGCUCUCUCAACGCCUCCUUCACCUAUCAAUAUUUGAGUCAAUAUAAGUUACCAUUGCAUGUUUCUAAUACGUUACUGUAGUAUGGGGCUACCUUUUUGAAAGUAGAGUUAUCAGCCGAUAGCAUGGAAACACGCCUACUAGAGUGAUUGGUUGUUUGAUUAUUGACGGUGGAUCGUUUGAGCCUACGUCUGUGUAAGCGGUGACAUAAUUUUGUUUAUGAUAGUGUUUAAAUUUUCUCGUUCUAAGAUUUAUUUUAAUGUCUAGAAAAUGAACUUUUUACAAUUUUAAUUGUAGUUUUUAGCUUCAGGUAAAGAAAUAUAUUGUAUUAUUAUUUGUUGUAUUAUGCAUAUCAUGUCCAUGUUUCUUAUACACUACGCCAAGGCUACAAGAGUUUUAUCUCAUUUUCAAGGACAUUUAGGAUAUAAAGGCCAGCCAGAUCCACCAUCAUACCUCCAUAUAGUGCCAUUAAUUAGCUCAUACCCAUUCCUUUAUCUCACCCAAUAGCCCAUCCUCAUUCUUUAUAACAGAAUAGGAAUCAUUGUAGAAAAAAGUAAUGACUUCCUUGCUUUUAUAUGAAAGGACAAUAUCAGUAUUAUAAACGGUUGUAUAUGUUUUACUCAAUGCAAGAACAUUUUGGAGCAGACUUUCCGAGACGAAGAUGUAAACAUCCACGAUUUCGAACUGGGGGAAUUUUUAUGUGAGCUUAAGUUCAUUUUUUCUUAAACAUAAAUUAGUUCAACAGUUAUAUAUUUAUAACUUAAGGUUUGAGGAGGCUUAGACGUAUUGUAUACUCCACCUGGCAUAGAUUUGUUGAUACCGCUUGUUUCACUGAAAGUCAAAAUUAAAAACAGACAUCAUCUUUAUCCAAUAUAGUAUGGGCACAUAAAGAGAGGAACUUUAUCGACCCCUCCCCCAUGUAAGCAUUAUAGCUAAGGCCAGCUAUCACAGAGGGAGCGACCAGCAACUGCGAGCUCUGCUUUACUGAAAAGCUAAUUAUCAUAAGACCAACAGUGGUUAUCUUGAAUAUCAUGUAGGAUGCCUUCUCUUCUGGUAAGCACAAUAUAUACUUUAACAUAUUCACUUCGAUAUUUAUACUUUGACUUUCGACUUUUCCACCUUCCAACUUGAAUAACUUUCGUGGUGAGACGUAAAGCCAAACCCUUGUUAUGUUUAUGUAUAUGAUUAUAAAAUAUUUUGUAAAAUGUAUCUAUGAGGUCUUUAUUUCCGCACUGACCACCUGGUAAAAUCACUAUUGAUUUUAUCCUAUAUUUAAUAUAUAUAUACACACAUAUUUUUGUAUAUCUAUACUCACACACACACACACACACACACACACACACAUAUAUAUAUAUAGAAUACAUAUGUAUGUAUAUAUAUAUAUAUAUAUAUAUAUAUAUAUAUAUAUAUAUAUAUAUAUACAUACAUAUGUAUUCUUGUAUUUUACUUUAAUAAUUUAUUACGAGAUUGAAUAUAACAGUAAUUCGAGUCUUAAUGUUCGUUUCACUGCAAUCGAGAUAUAAAAGAGUUAUAUGAAUAUAUUGGAUAUAGUGUGUGUGCUGCGACUCGAUGUUAUUUGUGACCAAAGAAAACCCAGGCUAAGUAUAGCGUAACCAUAAUGAAAUAAACAGAAUUUAAUUAAUCUUUUAUGAGAGAAAGUUUAGAAAUCCAUGUUUUUAUUGACAGCGAUCAUUAAAAGUUCAUUUGUUCUUAUAAUUUGUUUUUGUACUUUUGCAUUCUUUCUAAAUAUAUUACCUAACUGUCUGAAAAAAUUGAAAUUAGUAAUACAUUUUGACACAACAAUGUACGCUUUUUCUUCUUUUUAAUCCUAAUAAAUUCUCAAAUCAUA